AUGUCUUCUUUCGAGCCGGUGGUCGUCAUCGACGGCAAGGGCCAUCUCCUUGGUCGUCUUGCCUCCAUCGUCGCCAAGCAGCUUCUCAACGGCCAGAAGAUCGUCGUUGUCCGCACCGAGGCCCUCAACAUCUCUGGCGAGUUCUUCCGUGCCAAGCUCAAGUACCACGCCUACCUGCGCAAGAUGACCCGUUACAACCCGACUCGCGGUGGUCCCUUCCACUUCCGCGCCCCGUCGCGUAUCUUCUACAAGACCGUCCGUGGCAUGAUCCCCCACAAGACUGCUCGCGGUGCCGCCGCUCUUGAGCGCCUCAAGGUCUUCGAGGGUGUUCCCCCUCCCUACGACAAGCAGAAGAAGAUGGUCGUCCCCCAGGCCCUCCGUGUCCUGAGACUGCAGCCCGGCCGCAAGUUCUGCACCGUUGGCCGUCUCUCCCACGAGGUCGGCUGGAAGUACCAGGACGUCGUUGCCAGACUCGAGGAGCGCCGCAAGGCCAAGGGUGCUGCCUACUACGAGCGCAAGAAGGUUGCUCAGCGCCAGCUCACCGACGCGAAGAAGAACGCCAAGGUCGACCAGAAGACGGCGCAGGCCCUCGAGGCCUUCGGCUACUAA